UUUUUUUUCGAUUUAUAAAAUAUAUUAUUGAAUUUUAGUGUUGGCAGUAUUGUAUCUUUUAUGAAAGUUGUGGCGCUUAAACUUACAGCGUUUUAUAAAGUUAAAAUUACAAUGCAAGUAAAUUUGAGCCAUAUCAUAGUUUUUAACUUUAAAUCUUUUAAGGGAGAAGUAAUUAUUGGACCCAUUAAACCUUUCACAGCAAUUAUAGGUGCAAAUGGAUCUGGCAAAUCAAAUAUCAUGGAUGCAAUUAGUUUUGUAAUGGGAGAAUCAGCUAAAAGCUUGCGUGUUAAAAAAUUUAAUGAACUUAUUUAUGGUGCAUAUGGAGAAAUACCUAUGGCACACAGAGCAUACGUAACAGCUGUUUUUACUCUUGAAGAUAAUAGCAUUAAAAGCUUUACAAGAAGUAUAUAUCAUACUUCUUGUGAAUACAAAAUUAAUGAUCAGGUAGUUGUAGUUCAAUUGUACUUGUCUGAAUUAAGAAAACUUAAUCUCAAUGUUAAAGCCAAAAAUUUUUUAAUAUUUCAAGGAGCUAUUGACUCCACAAUAUUAAAAACACCAAAAGAAUAUACUAAUUUAUUUGAAGAAAUUAGUAAUUCAAUUGAAUUAAAAGAAGAAUAUGAAAGGUAA